CUGGGAUACCCAAACUCUUGGACCAAAGGUGCAAGGUCUUGCAUAUCAAGGAUCCUGCUGCUUUCUUGGGGACCAAGAAAUUGGGUUUUUGUCUCUACACUUACUCUGGCAAUCCAUGAGGUUUAAUGAAUUACAUGGGGACACGGGACAUGUAAAAACAGAGGCAGGCACUCAGUCUCGGACCAGUCAACCACGGAGUUGGAAUUCAGAUCAGAGUGUUGACAGAAAGAAUGUUCAAACAUCUUCGGAAAUGGUUUGUCACUCACUUUUUUGGGCAUUCCCGGCAAAGAGCAAGGCUGGUCUCUAAAGAUGGAAGGUGUAACAUAGAGUUUGGCAACGUGGAGGCACAGUCAAGGUUUAUAUUCUUUGUGGACAUCUGGACAACUGUGCUUGACCUUAAAUGGAGAUAUAAAAUGACCAUCUUCAUUACAGCCUUCUUGGGGAGUUGGUUUCUCUUUGGUCUUCUGUGGUACGCAGUAGCCUACAUUCACAAAGAUCUCCCCGAGUUCCAUCCUUCUGUCAACCACACCCCCUGUGUGGAGAACAUUAAUGGCUUGACCUCAGCUUUUCUGUUUUCUCUGGAAACACAAGUGACCAUUGGAUAUGGAUUCAGGUGUGUGACAGAACAAUGUGGCACUGCCAUUUUUCUUCUUAUCUUCCAGUCUAUACUUGGAGUCAUCAUCAAUUCUUUCAUGUGUGGUGCCAUUUUAGCCAAGAUCUCCAGGCCCAAAAAACGUGCCAAGACCAUUACAUUCAGCAAGAAUGCUGUGAUCAGUAAGCGGGGUGGGAAGCUUUGUCUCCUAAUCCGAGUGGCUAAUCUUAGGAAGAGCCUCCUUAUUGGGAGUCACAUAUAUGGAAAGCUUCUGAAGACCACAGUCACUCCUGAAGGAGAGACCAUUAUUUUGGACCAGAUCAACAUCAACUUUGUAGUUGAUGCAGGGAAUGAAAAUUUAUUCUUCAUCUCCCCUCUGACAAUUUACCAUGUCAUUGAUCAAAACAGCCCCUUCUUCCACAUGGCAGCAGAAACCCUUCUUCAGCAAGACUUUGAGUUAGUGGUGUUUUUAGAUGGCACAGUGGAGUCAACUAGUGCUACCUGCCAAGUCCGGACAUCCUAUGUCCCAGAAGAGGUGCUCUGGGGCUACCGCUUUGCUCCCAUAGUAUCCAAGACAAAGGAAGGGAAAUACCGUGUGGAUUUCCAUAACUUUAGCAAGACAGUGGAAGUGGAGACCCCUCACUGUGCCAUGUGCCUUUAUAAUGAGAAAGAUACUAGAGCCAGGAUGAAGAGAGGCUAUGACAAUCCCAACUUUGUCUUGUCAGAAGUCAAUGAAACAAAUGACACCAAAAUGUGACAGUGGCUUUUCAACAGGAGUAAAGCAAAGUCUUGAAGAUACCUAGUGACUAGAAGUAUUAUGAAGCGAUCAAAAAUUGGGAUGUAUGAAAUUAAGAUAAGAGCCUUCAAUAUCUAUCAGCACCAUGCCCCCGAACCCCAUAGCCAUGAUCUUACAAGACACAUAACUCUACAAGGCAAUUGCAUGAGAACAUGCAAUAUAUUUCUAGAAAACUGCAAUAUGGAAGCCAUAGAAAUUUACUUAGAAUCUUGAAUAUGAUUAUUUGAAAUCAGGCAAUGUUGACAGAAAUGGACAAAGUCAUCAAAAGUUUCAUGGACAGGCCAAACAAGAUCUUAAUAGUCUCUUUGAAGAAGUUAUGAGCUUUAGAUAGGAUCAGGGGAAAACAUAUUCUCAUUCAGAUUCUACUAAUAAGAAAUAAGCCACUUUUAACAUCAGCUUUUGUCAAAGAAAAAAUGGUCUCCUGAGAUGAACUAAUCAAAGGAGGCAAGGAAAGACUGAUACUCAAAGAACAUCGGAUGCUCUGAGCUUCUCCAGCCCUGGAUGUUGGAGCUUUCAUCUUAAUGCUGUGUUUUCUGAAGAGUGAGGGAAGGCUCAGUCCAUGAACUCUGCCUCUCUAUCUAUCUUAUGUGGAGAGGAGCACUGAGUUCAAUCUGCUUUCCAGCACAUCCAGACACUGCAGCCCAAGUUUGGGCCCAAAUGAUCUCAUGUGGUACAUUUAGACAGAGGCUAAAUCAUCACUCUAAGAUCUCAAUGAAUACCUUUCUGCAAGAAAAAAUGCUUGAUUUGGAAAUGGUGAUGAUGUUUCUUCCAAUUUGUGUUAGGUGGGAUAAAGGGUUAUAAAUCGAUUAAAAGAGUAUUUCCUGAUCUUCAAAGAAGGGAGUGAAGAAUUUGAAGGACCAGUGUCAGUGUAGAAGGGACAGUACCAUCAAUGCUUCUGGGGGGAAAAAGGAUCUCGUGUUUUUAUGCCUUGAGUUUGUACUGAAACGCUGUUUCUCAAGGAGAAGUGUGGGAUGGGCUAUGACCCCACAGUGAGGAAAACAUGAGGUCUGCUUUUCUUUGAGGGCCAACACCACAUCUUCCUGAAAGGGACUAACUUAAUGUAAGGUUGAAUCUUUAGAGAAAGGUUUUACUGUGAAUGUCUCUUUCAGUUCUCCAUCUGCGUUAUUUUGAAUACAUUCUGGAAGGAAUGGUACUCAUAGCUGCUUUGGAAUCAAAAUGUUCCCAGUGCAUUGACUAAUCUAGUAAAUCUCUGAAACCAUGCACGUGC